ACAAGAUUCAGUUUAAUCCAAGAAGCUGCUCCAGUCGACUCAGACGAGGAAGAUUACACCAGCUUGAAGGAAAACAGAGAAAGUUACGAUCCUUAUUGUUCGCUGCAGAAAGAUGAUGUUGAUUUCGUAAGGAAAAUGUAGAAAUAAGCUAAAUAGUUUUAUCAACUUUGUUUUCUGUCGCUUUAUAAGUUCUGAAAUGUUCUCCCAAAGUUCGCAAGAUUUAUCCACUCUUGGUUCACUACGCAAGGCAAACACACACAAAAGAACUAGAAAAGUUCGAAAGCAAUUCAGAUUUAUUCAGAUGUAUUCUUGAGCCCCCUCAAUCCUAAACCUCAUGAAGUAGAAAACCUAACUGACUAAACUAACUUUAUUUAUACACGGUAUAAAUGGACCAUACAAAUUAGCUGCUAAUAGUUUUAGUAUAGUUAUGCAUGCAAAGAUAACUAUAUAAAUUAUAUAGCAGUUCCUUAUAACACAGUUCUCUAUAUACAAUAAUUUUUCAUUGUUUUUUUUUUCAGAAUGUAAUAGACACUGUUCUGAAAGACGCGGUCUCGAUGG